AUGGCUCUCACCACCUCACAGGUUGAUGCCAUCGAUUUGGACUCGGACCCGGAGAAGCCCAAGAAGAAGAAGCGGAAGCAGGCGCACACAGAGAGGAGGGAGCCGGAGCAUCGCAACAAGGCUCCGCCUGAGGUUCGGCCGAAGCCUCUUCGACAGGAGAAGCACGCAGAGAAGGCUAAGAAGAAGCCGGAGAAGGAGAAGAAGAGCAAGAAGCACAAGAAGCGAAAGGAUCAGGGUGACUAUGCAGACGUCGGGAUGAUGAGCCACAGCGCUAUGUUUACGCCGAUGAUGGGCAUGAUGAGGUCGAUGAGCUAUGGCGUCAUGCCUGGGAUGACCAUGAUGAUGAAUCUCUGCCUCCACACGUUAUCAUACAUCUUUCUCAUAAUUGUUCUUUGCCCUCCCCUUCUUCAUGUUACCAUAGGUACGAUUCUCACACUUUUAUGGUUACUCCUAUUAGUUCUAUUGUCAGCGUUAUUUUAUUCUUUUGUCAGGCUUUCUCAGAUCAGAGAAUCCCCUCGCUUCUACCAGGGUCACAUCUCGUACGCACAGGUUGAGGCUCGAGGAUGA